AUGAAGUUUGCCAGAAAACGACACUGUCGCGCUUGUUUCUUGGCAACACAUCCUUUCUCGUCAGCCCUGAAAUAUGCGUCAGCUUAUAGUGGUAUCAGUGAGAGAGAAGCACGAUCAAUUCACAACGACAUUUGGCAGGCUUCUCGGAAAACUUCGACAAACAGCGGGUCAAACGGGAAGUGUUUCGUCAAAGUAUCCGCAAGAUGUUUCGUACAACAACAUCACAUCAGACCAUCAUCCUUGUCUGUUUGUUCUCACAGCUCUAAGGAUAUGAGUAAGUGUUCUAUUGUACACAUCGAAACAGGGCAGAUAUACGACGGUAAUGACCAUUUUUACUUUCCAAGUAUUCUUCCACAUCGGAUUCUAAACCCAAUGACGUUUACACUAAAAUCCUGGCAGGGAGGAAUACGUCUUAAAGGAGCUGUGUAUGACUCUGAUUCAACUAAUAGCAAUGAUCUUGUGGACAAAUAUUACGAAAACAUACUUUUUGCAUUAGAUGGUAAAUGGAAUUCCAAAAGGAUAGUUGGAGUACAAUCUGUGAUGGAGAUUAAAUAUCGCGCGGGUUGCAAAACUGGUUACUAUGGCAAAAACUGCAUCACGUACUGCGUAUCUAGGAAUGACGAGAGGGGGCAUUAUACAUGCAAUCCGGUCACUGGCGGAAAGGUAUGCGGUGAAGGAUGGGAAGGUCCGAAUUGCGACCACGACUACAACGAAUGCCUCAGCGAACCAUGCCUCAACAAUGGCACGUGCGACCACGGCAAGAAUCAUUACACGUGCGUCUGCCCUUAUGGGUGGGGCGGACAUCAAUGUAAUUUAUUGAUGGAUCCCUGCAUCCAAUCACCUUGCACGAAUAGUUUAUCUUGUCAUCCUCUUGAUGAAGGUGCUUCGUACAAGUGUACGUGCAUACCUGGUUGGGCUGGUAAAGACUGUGAUGUAAAAUUGAACAGUUGCGUAUCAUCGCCUUGUCAGAAUGGCGGACAAUGUGUAGAAACACCUCAUCAUUGGUCGUGUAAUUGCAUCAAUGGUUGGUCAGGGAAGGCAUGUAACGGAGCGGUCAACAUCAGGCUUCGAGAUCAAAUAAGAGAUGACCAAUCUGGAAGUGGUCCCUGGUGGAUUUCGUUACUGUUUGUCGCUAUGAUUGGUGCGGUAGUUGGCUUCCUAGCUUAUAGAUACAAGAAACGGAAAAGUAGGACGACGGAAGAAGAGAACCAAUCCGACACAGUAACGUUCGUCACCACGAGUCAACCAGUCGUCGCAUUUCAUCGACGAUCAAUAGAUUCUGAUCGGACGUCGACGAUAUCACAAGUAGCGGCCAAAAAGAUCGACGGCGAAGAGGAUUCAUUUACGGAUCUCAACUCCAUGGUGACAAUGGAAAAGCUCAAGAAAAUAUCCGAUGCAGAAGAUGACGAAGAAGGACUAAUAGGCGCUAUUGGGGGAAUUGAGGUCACCGACAUUUAUGAGGUUGAAUAAGCGAGAAAUGCCAUCACAUACACCCACACUAUGUAAACGUCACAUCCCACACUACCAUUACUCAUUACCAUUAUCAAAUGCAGCCUGAAUAUUCAAUCACAUGGUUUAAAAUUCAAUUGGAUUAAUCUUGAAAUUGAAAAAAACAUCCGUCCUUGGCGUUGGGUGGAAUGAUACUUGCUAUUAUGAUUUUUCUAAAAAUAUAUAUAUUUCUUUCACACAGCAGGUGUUAGCAUACGAGCAUGAAGAUUUGUCUGAAGAAGGGAUUUGUCCGUUUAAACGGAGAGCCUUCAGUGUACCUACUUUAAAGAGAAAUUACAAAUCUUAUUUAUUAUUUAUUUUACUAUACAGUACACCACCGGUUGGUGCAACUGUUUUGGUUCGGGCGAGAUCGGUUUUAAUCCUUUAUGUAUUUCGUUUGUGUCUUUGGGAAAGACACUCUUUCCACUGAGGUGUAUAGAUGAAAACCGAUAUAACAAAAUAUGAUGGGAAGGUAAAAUGGACUGUCUAUGCAGGGGAGUGAAACCGUCCCCCACCCACAUCGUCAAUGAGGAGUCUGGGCUAAAUCUUUAAAAAGAGAUGGGCACUUAGACCUGUAAGUUAAGAACUUUGGUUUUGAACUAAUAUAAGGAAUAUAAUAAUAUAGAUUUACAUAAUUAUGCAUCUUAUACAUAGGCCUAUAAUUAUAUAGUUAAACGUAUUUGUAUAUACACUCUAGGCCUACAUAUUACUUUUUCCUAUAGGCUGUGCCUUUUGUAUGUGGCGAAUUUCGUAUUUUCUGUUAAAUGGGUGAAUGAAUGAAUACUGGUACAUUUUGAUUCACUUUCCAUAUCAUUUAUUAUCUAUUUGUUAUUUAUUAAAGAUUAAUUGUAUGUGGUAAAUUAUAACUUGCAUCAUUGCUUCAAACUAAGCAAUUAAUCCAUCAAAUAUUAAUUACGUUUGUUCCAGGUUAACAUAGACAAUACCUACAGUGUCUCUAGACUGUACAGUUACCAUGCUGCAUAAAAUCAAUCUUUGGCAAAGAAUUACUUGAUAAAUAUUUUCUCAAUAAAAGCUUUUCAUAUCUUAGCUGCUA